AUGGUCAACAUAGGCAGUGUUGGCGGUGCUUUCCUCGCAUUUCUGGUCUGCGACCGCAUCGGUCGUCUGUGGGCCACCAGGCAGCUGUGUCUCCUGUGGAUUCUCGGCAUCGCCAUCUUCAUGGGUAAUAAUGGCAGCCUGGUUGCAGUCAACGCAGGGAGGUUCAUCGCUGGCCUUGGUGUGGGCCAGACCACAGUUGCUGCCCCGGUCUAUUUGACAGAGAUCGCCCCUGCCUCUGUGAGGGGUCUCGCGACUUGUUUCUUUACCGGCGCUGUUUACAUGGGCAUAGUCUUAGCCUACUUUGCAAACUCCGGCUGCGCCUUGAACUUGAGCGACGGUUACGCUCGCUGGAAUGGAGAGUUUGGCAGGGGAUCGCUACCAGAGCACGCUCUCCCGGGUCCCGAAGGGAAGUGGACAAUACCGGGAGACAUAAGAGGUCCGCUGAAGAUAGCCUACGACGACUAG